UCCUGUAUUGUCUUUGUUUGUGCAGUGCUGGGGAUGCAGCCACCGCUGCCACCUGAAGCUGUCAGAGAGCUGGUGAGCUCUUGUCUACACAGAGACCCAGUCGCAGCAGACCUCCGCUGCAGCCUGUUUGUCGCUGCUGCUCAGAGCUACAAGAGAGACUCUUUGCUCAGACCCUUCCCUCCUCGAUACACGAGUGGCGACAAUAAGGACUUUGAGGAGCUGCUGGCAGAUGUGAACACCUUGCCUGGUGUGAGAGAUGUGGUGAGACUCCGACCUGGAGAGGGCGCUCCUCACCUGGCUCUCAUACACUGGAUUCUGUCUUCAAAGAGUUUUGCAGUAAAGACGCUACAAAGGGAGGAGUAUGCCAAACUUUGCAACCUGACAGAAAAUGAUGGCACUUCUGCACCCGUGCCUGACUUCCUGUUUGAGCUGGAGUACUCUGACCACCUGAACACCAGGUUUGAAAAGACAAGAGAAGGACGGGACGUCUUUUAUGCAUUCCACGGGAGCCGCCUGGAGAACUUUCACUCGAUCAUUCACAACGGGCUGCACUGUCACCUCAAUAAGAACUCAGUAUUUGGAGAAGGGACCUACCUCACCAGUGACCUCAGCAUGGCCCUCCUCUACAGUCCACACAGCAGCAGCUGGAGGGAGAGCAUCCUGGGUCCGCUGCUCAGCUGCGUCGCCAUGUGUGAAAUCAUCCAUCAUCCAGACGUGAAGUGCCAGGUGAAGAAGAAAGAUUCGGACAUCGUCGACCGGCAGAGAUCACGAGCCAGAAACAGCGAAGGAGGCGAUGUACCGCAGAAAUACUUCAUAGUCACCAGCAAUCAGCUUCUACGAGUCAAAUAUCUGCUUGUCUACUCUCAGGGGAAACACCUGUCCCGGCGUUCCCACAGCAGGCCGUGGCUCCUCAGGCACCACUUUGCCGUCAUGAUGGGUCUCUACCUUCUGCUGCUCGUCUUCAUCGGUGCCUUCAACUCCACCACCUUCCUGUCCUUCUGGAACAGGCUGUUCAGGUGACCAGAGGACCAGGAUGUUGGACCAGGAUGUUCGUCAGCCGCCGUGCCUUUCUGAUCGGACUGCAGGCCUGAGCAACUUCUUAUGCACCUUUAACACAGUUUCCCUUUACUGUAGUCCUCGUCUUUAUUUGUACAAAUAGUUUUAUUUACUGUUAAUAAAAACUGACUUUAAAGAAUAUUACGCUUCUACCUGUAAUUCAGUGAAAAUUCAGUUCUUGUGGGAAAUUUCUGCUGCUAACCAGAGCUAGCUGCAUAUUCAGGGGCCUCUUGUAGAAGUGGCGGUGUGAAAUUAAAUGACACACAUUUUGUCAUAAACUGCCACAAACACAGUUCAUUAGUACCUUGACUUAUAAGUGUCCCAACUAACCAGUUUUUCAAGAUACUAUGAUGAUUGUUUUGAGUUGAGAGCUAAAGUUUGGGUUACGAGCCAUCUUCAUACACCCCCACCGCCAGUUGUCGCAACAUCCGCCCAUCAUCCCAUGUCUCACUUGUUUGUUGUUAGUGGUUAGCUCGCAGCCGUAGCAUCACUAUGCUCAUAUUUGUGCUACAAUUUAUUUUCAGUUCAGCCUUUCUCCUCCAUCAACAUCUUUCAAGUCGUCUGAUCUCCAAGGUAAAUGCUGUACUUUAUACUUCAUUAAACCAGUUUGUGCAGUA